AUGGCCAACAUCACCGCCGCCGGCGAUGGCAUCACCGGCGGCUACACCGGGUCCUCCCUCGGUAUGCAGAUCACCAUCGCGACCUUGGCCGGCAUCACUUGGUAUAACGCAUUUGAGCUGGUCAUUCUCAUCUUCGUCACCUUUGCCCAGUACCGUGGUCUCUACUUCUGGAGCUUGUUUGUGUCCUCAGCUGUCGGCCUCAUUCCGUAUUCGCUGGGUUUUCUCAUGAAAUUCUUCAACCUCACCUCGGCCACUUGGCUGUCCGUCACCUUUCUCACCAUCGGCUGGUGGAGCAUGGUCACCGGACAGUCGAUCGUCCUCUACUCACGUCUGCAUCUGGUCCUCGCCAAUCAGCGCAUUCUCCGACGUGUCCUAAUCAUGAUCCUCGUCGACGCCGUCUGCCUCCACCUCCCAACAACCGUCCUCACCUACGGCAGCAACCUAGCCAAAGGCGACUCGCGCCACGCCAUAAUCAACGGAUACAACGUAAUGGAAAAGAUCCAGAUGACAGGCUUCUGUCUGCAAGAAUUCAUCAUCUCAGGCCUAUACAUCUGGGAGACCGUCCGAACGAUCCGCCUCGACAUGGAUCGAACAAAGCGCAAAAUCCAAUACCAGCUCAUCAUCAUCAACCUGCUCAUCAUCAUCAUGGACCUGGGCCUGCUGGUUGCGGAAUACAGAGACUACUACAUCAUGGAAACAAUGCUCAAAGGCGCGGUUUACAGCAUCAAGCUGAAGCUCGAGUUCGCGGUCUUGGGUAAACUAAUCCACCUCGUCCACAACCACGUCUGGAAACCCGAGUCUUUCUCCGGUCCCCGCGAUCUCCCCGAUUUUGUCGAUGCUACCCGCGUCACGUCGGACCUUACGCACGCACCCACGGCGCAAACGCACACCAUCACGCGCGGCCCGUCUUGGAUGGACCAGGAUGAUAUCUCUAUUGCUAUGUUCGAACAUUCGCCACCCGAGGGUCCACACAGGACCUCGAUUUCGAACUCGUGGAGCUCGGAAACGCAUAUCGCGCAUCACGGCGACCAUAUGACCAUCGGCUUUUCCAAUCCUUGGUGUCAGUAUCAGCGGAAACCGGCUAGGUUAUCUGAGAAACCGGGCUGA